UCACCCUCUCUUCCCCCCCUCAUACUCUUCUCCCACUGCUCUAACCCUCUGUUCUUCCCCCAUCAUCGUCACCUUCUCUUCCCACCACUACACUCAUUCUCUAUUCCCUCUCACCACCCCCACCUUCACCUCCAUCCCACCCCGGUUUCACCCCACCACUCUGCACACUCUUGUCUUCCCCAAGCCUCCUCUCCCACCCCCGGAUCCCGGCUCAAUCCCGCACCCACACACAAACGCACAGAGGUCUUCUUCCUCCCCGGACUCUCUGCUGCUUUAUUCUCAUCUCUUCGAAUCCUUAUUUUGUUUUUAAAAAAUGAUGGAUUUCAACCAGGAGAAUUUAUUCGGGCAAAUAGAAGAUUUGCAGGAACUUAGCUUCAUCGAAAGACCAGUGCGUAGAUACCUGAAGACACCGGAAGAGAUCGAAAGAUUGACAGUUGAUGAAGAACUCAAUGAUAUUGAAAGAGCUGUUUAUCUCCUCAGCAACAGCUCUUAUCAACACUGCAUCGUGCGAAAUUGGGGCAGCGGGAGUGUUACAUCAUAUCAAUCUCCCCUUUCCUUCAGCUCUUCACAGAUCUACAGGGACUUCGGUAGGGAGAAAGUUACGUUUCAAAAACCUACUGGGGACAUCAGUUCUGGUCAAGAUGUGCAGCGAACCAGUGUUGUUGUUAAUCUACCAAACCUGAUGCGGCAGAACACUUCAGAGACAAUUCGAAGAGUGGUGCCCAAAAUCAGAGAAGUACUGCAUGUUGCGGGGGUGGAGAUGCAAUUAGCUGCUGCGGUUUCUUUCCUUACCAUCUUGCAAGAAGAGUUAGUUUCCAUUGCAGCUUAUAUACAUUCAUUUCUCCCAAUCAUAUUGGCAAACUUGGAUCACAGAGAUACAGUGGUCAGCAAUGCAUGGUUGGAGACCCUCCUGACUGUAAUUAAUGCUUUACCAACGGAAACCAUCAGACAAGAGAUUUUGUCCCCGCUGGUUUCAAAGGCUCAAUUAUCACAGACAAUCCAGUCACGUUUAGCUAGCUGCAAGAUUCUGGGAAAAGUUGCCAGAAAAUUUGAAUCUCAUAUAAUAAAACGAGAUAUUCUGCCUCUAGUGAAAUCACUUUGCCAGGAUGUAGAAUAUGAAGUUCGCUCCUGUAUGUGUCGUCAGCUGGAAUUCAUAGCACAGGGAAUUGGGGUUGAACAGACAAAAACUGCAAUUCUUCCUGAAUUAGUAGAGUUGGCUAGGGACGAAGGGAGCAGUGUACGUAUUGCUGCAUUUGACACCAUUGUUAAUCUGCUUGUGAUGUUUGACAGUGAUGACCGUACCCAAAUUAUAUUUCCCUUGGUGAUGAUGUUCUGUGAGAAAUCAUUCAAAGCAGAUGAGAGCAUUCUUGCACCGCUGUCACACCAACUAGGAAAGCUCUGUCAUGGUCUUUCAGGGAACUUAACGGAUGAACAACAUCUGUGGUUUUUGGAUUUCUACAAGAAAUUUAGUACAUUAGGUCUACAACAAGAAAACGGUCAAAGUGAUCACACAACUCAAUUCUAUGCAGCAGAUAUGGAUGCAAAAUAUGUAUCUGUCAGACAGAAUUGUGCCUACAACUUGCCAGCCAUGAUACUUUUUGUGGAUCCUAAAUGUUUCUACUCUGAACUUUACCCCACUUUUUCAACCCUCUGUCAUGAUCCUGAAACUCUUGUCCGACGCACUGUUGCCACUGGCUUCCAUGAAGUCAUUAAGCUGCUAGGCUCCAGUGUUCACAUAGUUCACAAAGAACUGAUUGCGCUUUUACAAGAUGAAUCAUUAGAGGUAUUGGAUGCACUUCUAGAUCACCUUCCAGAAAUUCUUAGAUGUGUCAUCACAGGAGGAGACCACGUAGGAUCAGAGAGUAAGGUACAUAUUCCUGACCUGAUUCCAGCACUUUCAGUAGCUGAGCAGAGAGCUGCCACUUCUUUAAAAUGGAGAAUACAUGAGAAGCUAUUGUUGACGUUUUCCUGUCUGCCGCAAGUCAUUUCAAGCGAUCAGAUAUACUACAAGUUCUUACCAAUAAUGUUUAGAAUAAUGACAACAAAUAAUGUCCUCCCAGUCCAAAGAGCCUCAGCCAGAACCCUCUGUGUAUUUGUUCGGUACAACCGUAAACAGGAGCAAAGACAGGAAAUAUGCAGUAAACUCGUUGAACAACUUGGUCAAGGAAAAAGUUGUUGGAACAGGUUAAGGUUUCUUGACACUUGUGAAUGCAUCAUGGAUCUGUUUUCAAAAGCUUUCUUCUGUAAAUACUUUUUCCUGCCUGUACUUGAACUUUCAAAUGAUCCUGUUCCAAAUGUAAGGAUUAAGUUCUGUUACAUGCUGCCAAAAUUGAAGUCUGCAUUGAAACUGCCUGCUGACAAACACCUACUUCAACAACUAGAGCUUUGUGUUAGGAAAUUACUUUGUCAGGAAAAGGACAAAGAUGUCACAGCAAUAGUGAGAAUUAUAACGUUGGAAUUAGAUAGAAUGGAAACGAAUACGGAAUCUUUUCCCAAAAGGUUGCAAGAAAAAGACUUACUGGAUCACAAGAAAGAAAAAGAAGAAAAUUUGCUUCUAGAAAUGGAAGACAUGGAAAAACGGGGAGAAAGCAAGUUAAUGAAUGAAAAGAAAUUACUUUCAUCUUUUAACAAAGAUGGGAAAAAGAAGACUAAGUUAGGUCGCAGCCGUUCACUUGGUGGUCGGGUAGCUCCUCCAAAGGUCGCCACUGAUAAAUCCACAAUGAAACUUACUUCAGCAGCAUCAAAUUCUCAAAUUGCUACAACUACAAAAAAUUCUCUACUAUCGUUUGAUGGGAUGCUUCAGAGUCAUUCUUCAAGUUCUGGAGGGACUGCCAGUCUGCCAACUUGUUCUUCUCGUUUUUAUUCCACUAACUCUAAUGAACAUAAAACAAAUGGGGGUAAAGAUACACUUCCAAAGAAGUUUAACUUGAAGAGCAGAAAAUCAAAUCCUUAACGAUAUGGAAAGCACUCCAUGAAAAGACAUUUUACAACGCAUAUCAGUGACUUCCUUAAAGGCAAGUUUCAGGAGGGUUGACAUGAUUUUAAAGCUGCAAGGAACUAGACGGAUUUCUCUGACUACCUAGUCUUGAAGAGGAAGCACUUCGAUUUGAAGCCAAGUUUCACAAAAGUAAUUUAUUCCCAUAUUUUAUCUUUCAUGUCAGCUGUUAUAUGAAUAUUACUGCAUAUAUCCUUGGUUGCUAUACAGUGAUCACAAUUCAUUAAAGAAAGCAUUGCAGAGCUUUCAGCAGCUACUACCACAAAUACCUCCAAGGACCCUGAUGGGUAUGCACAAAGAAAUUGAAAAUGUAAAUUUAUCUCAGCACACUUACGUUGACUAUUUCUUGCUUGUAAGAAACUGAAGUAUAUAGAGUUUGGUAUAAUGAUGUAACUACAUUCCCAGGCGUAUCUGGGGAUAUAUUUUUGCUGUGGAUGAUGACUGGAAACAAACUAGGUUCUUUAUGGAUUUUAAACAUCAUUCAUUUAUCUAUAGUGACUGACAAGCCAACCCAAAACCUUUGCAAAGUUGUGAUAAUAAAUUAUUAAAUUUCCUGGUUCUUCAAACUUUUACUGUUGCUUAAUUUGAAGCAUAAAUGGUAUGUUUAACUUCUCCCUCUGAGCAAUAGCAAAUGACCAUGUUAAAAUGCCAAACCUGGUGCCAAACUGUAACUGAGUAGUUGACCAUGAUGAAAUACAGAUUUAAGUUAAAAUAUUAGAAAUUUAACAUAAGCGAUUGAGCCAAUAAACAAGCUUUUAAAUACAGACCCAGCAAACCCAAGUUAAUUGAAGAAGUGGAAUGAUACAAUUUUAUUUCGUCCAUAUUCAGUGACUAAUUUCACAAAUCUGGUUUAAUUUAUAUUUGAACAAUAUAGUAAUACUCAUUUUUGUUUAAGGGACCUUUUGUGUUGAUUUUUCAGGACAUUUUUUUAAAAGCUAUGAAACAGCUUAGAGUAAAUGUUGAUAUUAUCAACUUCAGUGUCUGUUUUGCAUUGCAAUUAACAUAUACACCACAAGGCAACUUUCAUUCACAGCCAAAGUUACUUCUUGAACUUGAUUAUGCAGCAAUUUAUUUUAGAUGCUGACCCUGUGUAAAUUGCUCUUUAAUUUAAGGCCACCUAUUGUGAUCCUUAAAGCAAAUCAGGAGAUUCUGGGACCAAUUUACUGAACUCCAUGUAUAACGUUUAAUGUUUAAUGACAGACCUGGAACAUUUAGUUUCUAAUAGACUUCUUGAAAACUGAAAUCCUUCACUUACACAUUGUUUGAAUUAAAUUAAUAAACCAGAUAUUUAGAACUAGGAAGGUAUAGAUUUUCAACAAAAAAAAAUCCCCAUGGAUAGAGAAGACUCCUUUCAGUAAAAUAUCUUUAAAUAUUAAAGCAGCAUUCCAUCAGAUUGCUACACACUAAGAUUACUAACUUAAAAAUAAAUCUUGAAAUUUUAAGUAUGUCCAUUUACUUUGUACUUCUAUAUUUCUAAGCAAGCAUACACCUCAGUUGUGGACGUCAUCACCCACUUGCAGCAAGUUUACGAAUUUGAGUACAUUUUGGCUAAUGAUGACUCUAUGACACAUACAGGAGAUAUGGUUUUGUUUUAAGUGUUGCCAAAUAUGAAUUGUAUUUUAGCCAAAAUGUCACCAUGGGUGCAUAUGAUGCAAAAUUUCCUCUGAGUUAUUCUCUCUCACCCUAGUACUGGUUGGCAUUAGUUAUCAUUUUGCUGUUUCAGUGUUGGUGUGAUGAAAAUCUCAACAUGGCACCCAUCCAGAAGAUUGCAUAUAAUAUUUGACUGGCAUUGAAUAUCAGAUAUCUGUGGCCUGUAUUCCUCUCAAAGUUUCAAGAGGCCUUUAGCAUUCACUUGGUGUUUAUUUUAACAGUAGUACAAGAGGUACUGGCUUAUUAAAUUGAAUGUAACCAAUUACUUCAAAAAUCUGAAGUGUUUAUUUAUAUUGCUCUGAAAGGUACAUUUUUUAAUGAAGCUUGCAUACUGUAUAGAAACUGCAAACACUGAGGUCAUGCAGAAUAUCAGUAUUAUCAAUUGUCCUAUGUUACCAAUAUAUUUAGUCAUUACUGUAUGUACAUUUUACCUGUUCUGUUCUGUCUUCUCAUGUUGCAAUCUAAUGGCAAUUUUAAAUAAUUUCUGGUAACCAGAGAUUUAUUAUAAAUUUUCAGUGUUGAGUUGAGCUUCUCAUUGUAAAACUUUUAGAUACAAUGUAUUGUAUUAUCGUUUUGGUUAUUUUCAGAUCUGAGUGUUGUAUUUCCUUGAUUUGAUUUGAAAUCUCACUUUACUAUUGUCCACCUACAAGACUUUAUGUAAGAGAUACUUUCUGUAAGAGUAGGUGUUAUCCUCUCGUUUCAACAUAUGUUGUAAAUAACCAUGUAUAAUUGCACAAGAAUUACAUUGUAAGCAUGUAAGAGAUAUUCAAAUGUAUUGUUUUUUAAUAAGAUAAAAACAAAAUUAAUUAUUUUAAUGUUUAUUUUGUUUAGCAUGCCCAUGAUUUUUUUAAAGCUAAUAUUGCAUAAAUUCCUUUGUCACAUACCUAUUCUACUGUCUUGCUGCAAAAAUAUUUAUAAACAGUGUUAUGCAUUAGAUGUGCAUACUGAUGUAAAUAUGGCCUUAAUCAGAUUGAGCUAUGCAGUCUAAAAUCCUGGCUUUGUGUAAAAAAAAACUUUAAACAGGUAAUGUCAAUUUAAGUUCUGUUACAGUUGGAUGUUACAUAUUCCUAACUAAGUUAUAAACUCUCAAUAGAAAUUCA